UUGAGCUCUUCCUGUAGUUACGGGGAUGAAUGCAUGAAUGCGAGAGAAGAAAAUGGCGAUCGAGCAGGACAAAUGUUUCCCCUCCUAGACUCUGCAAAUGUGUUGAUUUUCUACAGCCUUAUUAUUUGCUUUCAUUUCAUCUCUGCUGCACUUUAAACUACAAGAGAUAAUUGGAUGCUAUUGCCACCAAAGACAUUGAGGAGAAGCAACACAAGUCAGGAAAUCGUUCGAAACACGGAUGGAGAGUGGAUGGAGAAAAGUGUAGAGCUCAUUGGAAUGACGAUAAGGAAGAAGGGGCUGGUAUAAAGUGCCAGAACAUAUCAAGUCCAGUUUCAGCCAGCCUCAGUCUGCCAAUUAGAACAGCAGCACCUCCACUGUAACCUGCGCCAUCAGCAAUGCCAAGAGGGCCCCAGCCAGCGGCCAGCCCCAAGCCCUGCCUCGGUACCCGCUCUGUGAAGUUCCGCCUGAUCUCUGUUAGCACAAACAGAAACAGCUGUUGAAGUGUGGGCAAUCCCUCACGGUCCUCGCUGCCACCCUGGGAACUCAAGUGCAGCUCAACUCUAGCCAGCCAGGGGAGCUUACGACUGAGAGGUCUGUCCUACACUGCGCCCAAAGCCACCUUUCAGGCAUGGCUCCCAUUCGGGAUUCUGUCAGCCACUCCCCUAACCAAACAGGUUUGGAACAUGCUGGUCUGGAACCUCAGUAUGAAAGUUCACCAUGGAGCUCUGGCUCACCUUGCAGCGACUCAAACAGCAACUGGGGAAAAGUAAUUGUUGAUAAGGGACCCUGGCCCUCUAUCACUGGUAGUGACCCAGAGUUAGCCUCAGAAUGUAUGGAUGCUGACUCUGCCUCCAGCUCUGGGUCAGAAAAAAAUCUUAGUAUGAUGCCGUCUGAGAGCACUGGGGGUGACAACAAUGGCAAUAGACAAGGUUCUCAUUUCAUGGUUGCAAAUGGCAGCAAUAAUGUGGGUAAUGGGAGUGUUAAGGGGCCUUGGGGUGUAUCCAAUGGCUCAAUGCUAAGCACAUGUCAAGGCUCCGGAGAUGGCCCCAGUGGCAAGCUGGCAGAAAGCAGCCAUGGCAAAAUAAAUGCAUGGGGUACCCAAGUUUCCUCAACCAAUAUAGGUAUAAAUCCAAGCACUUUGAACCCAAUUGCCAACCAUGGUGCCUGGCCCGUUCUUCAGAGCACUGGGCCCAAUCCCCACGGGCCGGUGGGGAACGGAAAUGGUGGCACCAACACUCAACAAAGCACCAUAGGUCAAACACCCAGCAUGCAGAGUAUCAACUCUAAGAUGUCCUGGGGAUGCCUGCAGCUGUCCGAAACUGAAGUCAAUGGUACAAACAAGGUUCCAAGUGGGCAGACUCAAAACCUUAACACUGAAUUUAAUGGACCAAAUAACACUACUAACUCGAUGACCUCUAGUUUACCAAACUCUACAGGUUCAAUGCAGAUAAAUGAACAGCCCCCAGGGCACCGAGCUUGGCCUAUGAGUACAGGGGGCUCCCCUCAGCUCCCUAUUUCUCCGGUCUCUAAUGGCACUUCCAUUUCUCAACACGGCAACAGUGAGGGGAUUAACAGUGGGUCUUACGGUACAGCAUGGGGCGCUACGCCCAGCACUAAUUACUCUGGAGACAAAUGUCCCAUCCCUAAAGGCCAAGCUGUGGGCGACACUGUGAAUGCAACUCUAAUGCAGUCUGGAGCCAACAGUUCCUCUGUGAGUGCUGCUUUAAAGAAUAAUAAUAAUAACGGGAUGGGCGGUCGUGAAAGAGGUUGGGACUCAACCCCCGGUACCUCACAAAGUAUGUCUUGGGGAGCAGGUAAUGGUGUGGGCCCAGCUGGGAUCCCUCGCCCCUGGGGGAGUGCCUCUUCCUCUUCUUCCUCUUCCUCAUCCUCUUCAAACACUGGCACUAAGGUCUCAAACGGGGAGUGGAACACUUUGCCCAGCAACAGUCAGCAUUCCAAUGAUAGCACAAAUGGAAGCAGAAAGGGAACUAAUGGAUGGAAGUCUUUGGAGGAUGAUGCUCUUGGUAUAGGGAGCUCUAGUCAAGCGUUGCAAGGCAGCACGUGGAACAAAUCUACAGGCAGUGAAGGUAGCGGAGAGAGCUCGGGAGGUCGCAGUGAGAGGGACGGGCAGCGUGGUGGCAACCGACGGAGGGGAAAUCAACAAGGGAUGGUUAAUGCAGCUCUCUCUAGAAUUGACGUGGACCCCAGGGUGCUGUCCAACACUGGAUGGGGACAAACUCCAGUCCGCCAGAACACUGUCUGGGAUGUUUCAACCUCCGAUAAAAAGACAGGAUGUGGACAGACAGGCUGGGGCAGUGCUCCCCCUCAGGUAUCUAACUCAGGUCGGUGGGGAGAUGGACCCAGCACCAACAAAAGUAGCGAUUCUUCAGUGUCUGGGUGGUCUGAAUCGAAACCUUUAACUGGCUGGGGAGAAACCAAAAGCCCGGUUGGGCAAAAUGGAUGGGAGGAUGCCCCUUCUGUUACAAUGAACAAAGGCGGUUCCUCAUGGAAUAGUACCAAGGAUGAGAAGUCCUCUUGGAAUAAUGCGCCGAAGGCAAAGCAAGGCUGGGGCUCUGCUGGAGAGGGAUGGGGUGGAGAAGGCCCAAAGGGAAACCAUUGGGUAGAACCCCAGAAGUCUGGUUCAGGUGGCUGCGACAGCGACAGCGACCGCUCUGGAUCGGGCUGGAGCGAGCCUGGGCGCUCCGGGACAAGCAACAUCUGGGGAGGCAGUGGAGGCAACAACACUCCUGACCAGAGUGGUCCAGCCACAGGAUGGAGAGACCCACCAAAGACCAACAAUCAAAACCAAACCUGGGGCGAGCCAAUCAAACCAAGCCACUCCAACCCUGCUUGGGGUGAUAACACAAAAACGAACAACUCUUCAGAAUGGGUCAAGUCCCAAGAUUCCAGCAUGGGAACGUACAGGAGUGGGAACACCUCUCAGACUGGAGCCCCUAGUCAGAACAAGCCUACAGGAUGGCAGGGGGGCCCAAUACCUGCUGCCUCCAAAGAAGAAUCAUCCACUGGAUGGGAAGAGCCAUCGCCUGAAUCCAUCAGGCGCAGAAUGGAUAUUGAUGAUGGUACUUCAGCAUGGGGAGAUCCCAACAAAUUUAACUCUAGCAACGUAAAUAUGUGGAACAAGAACAAUGCUGGAGAGCAGGAUGGCAUGGCUGUUUGUCAACCCCCACAAGCCCAAAGCUCCAUGGCUCCAAAGGAAAAGAACUGCAGCUCAGGGUGGGGAGAGACGUAUUGUGGGCCACAAAAAAAUGAGUCCUCUACCUGGGGUGAGCAUGCUGCUUCACCUGUCACUGUGGACAAUGGCACAUCUGCUUGGGGAAAGCCUGUUGAUACAGGUUCCAGCUGGGAAGGGCCAGGGAGGGAAAACUCAGGAGGCAGUAGCUGGGGCAAUGCUGCUGUAGGACAGCAGUCACAGCACAAGUCUGGAUCCAAACCUAUGCAAGACUGGUAUGGAGAGCAGAAUUCUAUGGCAGGGCACUCCAACUUGGAGGAGGAAGAGCAAGUAAAGAUAGGCAUGUGGAACAACAGUUCAUCACAGGAAAUGAACCAAACUGGUAACUGGUCCUACAAGAAGAUGCCUCCAAAGCUGAACAAAGGACCCAACAAGCAAGAUGAUUCUCAAUGGAUGAAUCCGUUUGUGAAACAGUUCAACAACAUGUACCCUAGGGAUUCUGCUGAAGAUUCCAUGAAGAGCAAUAAGAUGGAUAUGUCUGGAGGAAUGACAGACAAGCGCAUUGAUGUUGACAAGCAUGUUCUUAAUAUGGGAGAGUACGGAAAAAAUCCUGCUUCACGUCACCAGAUCCACAAAGAUUCUCCCAUAGACCGCAAUCCCUAUAUGGAUAAGAAUGUAAACAUGUACAGUGUCGGUAAUGCGGCAGCACAAGGCCGGAACGCCCAGCAGCCUCCAGCACAACCUCUGAACUCCACUCAGCCCACUCUACGCAACCAAGUGCCUCCUCCACUACUUCCCUCUCAGGUUCCUCCACCCCUGUUGAAGUACUCUCCCAAUAAUGGAGGUCUGAACCCUCUGUUUGGCCCACAGCAUGUGGCUGUGCUGAACCAGCUGUCUCAACUCAACCAACUGUCUCAGAUUAAUCAGUUACAGCGUCUCCUUUUGCAGCAAAAAGCUCAAACCCAGAGGGCCAUGCCUGUUAACAGCCGCCAGCAACAGGAACAGCAGGGUCGUGGUUUGGGUCUGUCCCAGCAAAUGAUCCAGACUCCUCGCCAUCUCGAUCCCUCCCAGAUGAAGCAACAGACUUCCCCUCAGCCACCCUCACUGCACCAACCCAGCCUCAAGUCCUAUAUGGAGAACUUCAUGCCCCCCAAUGCCUCUGACCUGCAGAAAGAACAAAGUUCCUUGAGCUCGUUCAGUAAUUUCCCUUUAGGUGGGUGUCCUCCCCAUCUUAAUAUAGGCCAGACUGACUCUAUGUUGCACCAAGCUGCCAAGCCCAACUCAAUGUUUGCAUCUGACAUGUCAAGCUAUCUGCCAGCUGGCAUUAGUCAAAGUCAUAGCCUCCUAGCCCCACCUAUGAGCAAUGGCCACAUGGUGCAAGGCUCUCCCAUCAACCCUUGGGUAGGAAAGAACUUCUGUCCUGACAGCAGCUCUCUGCCAGCGAGAGGUUUGAACUCAAACUUGAAUGUAAGCAACCUUGACAUUAGUAGUGUUGGUUUUAAGGAGCCACAGUCCCGUCUGAAGAAGUGGACUGCCAUGGAUAUCUCCGUUAACUCGCCACUUGAUCAAAACCCCAGCAAAUCUGGUGCUAUACCAUCUGGCCUGAGGCUUGAAGACUCGCCCUUUGGUCCAUAUGACUUCAUGAAUGCCAGUAACACUCCCAUCAGUCCUCCUGGCUCUGUGGGAGAUGGCUGGCCCAGCCGUGCCAAAUCACCUCAUGGUUCCACCAAUGUCAACUGGCCACCAGAGUUCCGUCCUGGUGAGCCCUGGAAAGGAUAUCCAAACAUUGAUCCUGAAACUGACCCAUUUGUCACUCCUGGCAGUGUGAUUAAUAAUCUCUCCAUUAAUACAGUCCGGGAUGUUGAUCACCUCAGGGACAGGAACAAUGGGCCAUCCUCAUCACUUAACACCACGCUGCCUUCAAAUAGUGCCUGGACAUCCAUUCGUGCCUCCAACCACAAUAGUUCCCUCAGCAGUACAGCACAAAGCACUUCAGCCAGAAACAGUGACUCCAAAUGGUCUCCUGGUACAGUCACCAACACCUCUUUGGCUCAUGAGCUGUGGAAGGUUCCUCUCCCUUCGAAAGGCAUCUCUGCUCCGUCCCGCCCUCCACCUGGCCUGACUGGCCAGAAACAGCCCUCAUCUUGGGACAACGGCUCUCUGAGGCUGGCAGGCUGGGGUGGCUCUGAAUCCAGAUUCAACUCUAGUUCCAGCUGGGGUGACAGCAGCUCAGGGAGAACUAAUUGGCUUGUACUCAAAAACCUCACACCUCAGAUUGAUGGCUCCACCUUGCGAACUCUGUGCAUGCAGCACGGUCCACUGAUCACAUUCCAUCUGAACCUUCCCCAUGGCAAUGCUGUGGUCUGCUACAGCUCUAAGGAGGAGGCGGCAAAAGCCCAGAAGUCACUGCACAUGUGUGUUUUAGGGAACACUACUAUUCUUGCAGAGUUUGCUAGUGAAGAGGAAAUUAAUCGUUUCUUUGCACAAGGUCAGUCAAUGACUGCCUCUCCCAGCUGGCAGACGCUGGGCUCUUCUCAGAAUCGGAUCGGAUCCAUCGAGGGUUCUCACCCCUUCCCAAACCGCACUGAUCCAAAUCACUGGAACGGCAGCGGGCUGGCAGGAGCUGGCAGCGGAGACCUGCACGGCUCGUCUCUCUGGGGCGUUCCCAAUUACUCCACGAGCCUGUGGGGCAGCCCCAGUGGUGGUGAGGGAGGGAGAAUCAACAGUCCCUCCCCCAUCAGCUCCUUCCUUCCUGUUGACCAUCUGAUGGGAGGUGGGGAGUCCAUGUAGUGCAUCUUUCACCUUCUGACUUAAAAACAAAAAACAACAAAAAAACAAAAACAUACAAACCCGUGACCUCAAUGUGGAAAUAGUUAAUCAUAAUCAUAUGACCAUAUAUAUAUAUAUUAUAUAUAAAAAAAUCAAAUGGCACUAGUUAGACUUUCUUCACUUACAAAAAACAAAAACAAUGCGGGGUCACCCUGUGGAAACAAGUUACGUUUUUUUUUUCUGCACAUAUGUCCACUUUGUUUUAGCCCAAAACAUAUCAGUUUGAAUACUUGAAUCAUGCAGGCCAAUUCUAUAAUGUGAAAGGAUGUAUUUACACUUCCAGGUAGUGCUCUUCAUACAGAAAAAAGCUUCAGUUGAGCUCAUCUGUUUAUUCAUCAUGUUUAUUUCAAUUCCAAUUCUUUUCGUUUUGUUUUUAUGAUUUGCAUUUUGUUUGCUGACAAUGUUGGAGUUUGAGCUUUUUUAACUUUGCACUGAAUGUGGUUUUUCUCAGUAUAAUCUGCAAUAUGGAGGGAGCCGACAGUUCCAGUGUAGUUGUUUACUCAAGGAUGUUCUUAAAGUGUGCGCUCUACUAUGCCUUGAUGUACGCCUACCUUAUUGUGGUAUUGUGGAGUUUGAGAUCAAGAUAUAGAUGCUGACUUAGGAUUAUUUGAUGAUAUUACAGAAAUAAGUAUUGCACCAAUUUUGUUUUAAAACUAAAGAAUUUAGCUCUGCAGUGUAAAAAAAACUGUAGCCACAGCUGUGACUUGCAAACCCGACCUGCAAGCCAGGGGGAACAGCACUUUCAAAAUAGGCUUUCAAUUUUGUUUUGGAGGCAUCACAUUGUGCCCUCUUGUUUACAAAACUUUUUGAGGGGGAAAGUAUGGUCAUUCUUCCUUUUAUUUUAAAUGGAAAAAUAAAAUAAAAAUGCAUAAAGAAUUUUUUAAAAAUCAUAUAAAAAAAUAUAAAAUACAAAAAAAUACAAAAAAAAGAACAAAAAGCGACAAAAGAAACCUUAAAAAAAAAAAAUCUUGAGGAUGAAGACGAAGCUUUCUAUCUCUGGGAAUACUGAUCAGUGUUUGGCCAUGUCAUUGGUUAUUUUAUCUAUUCCUCUUGUCUGCUAAAUAACCAGCAUGGUUCUCAGGAAAUAUAGCCAGUUUUCCCCCAUAGAAACUCCUUGUAGGAAAAUCCAACUUUUAGCACUGAAACUACUUAUAGCUCUGUAAGUUUUUCUCUGCCAAAUAACUGCUUUAAGCUGGAGACAUUCUACAUACUGCUUUUUUGAAUAUGCUGUCUUUUUAUUAAUGAGUGGAUAUGGUUUGCCGAAUCACUAUCUAGUCCUUCCCUUUUUCCCACUGAGUGGCUCAAUGUUUUCCGCUUUGUGACUGUCGAAGUAACUGUCAAAAGUCGUAAGAAAAAGCAGAAAUCUGUAACUAUGCAUACUGAGGCCACUGACUCGGCCUACAGAAUCGCUUUUUCUUUGUCUGAAGUAAUGUUUUAUAUGUUUCCGCAAUUUGCAUAUACAUUGUUUGAAAAUAUAUAUAUAUAUUUUCCUCAUCGCCAGAGCUGGUGUUAAAGAAAAUCUUGUUUGGUUAUUUUAACAGUCCAAAAGUCGUCCACAUUUCAUUGCCUUGAUUCAAAUUGUGUCCGAAGAUGCAACAAGUCAAGUGGCUUUUAACUGUUUACAAAUAGAAAAUGAUUGUAAUGUGUACAGUUUGGUUGUGUUCAUCUGAAGUUCCUUACAAUAUUAAUAAAUUAAUGUUUUGGCUGCUCA